AUGGCAAAUGUUCAACAUGAAACAGAACAGGAAUCAGACGAUGAUUGUGAAGUGUAUUUUCUAAAGCCCGUCAAUGAAUACAAUAUAGUGGAUAAAAUUAAGGAAGCUAAUAAGGAACUAUUCGGCAUGGAGGAAGCUGCUGGAGAGAACGAACUAAUGGCUGAAGCUCAACAGAAUCGUAAAGUUAGUUUUGCAGCAAAUUUAGAGGAGUAUGAGCCACAAAAUGGUAUAAAUCUAAAAGAGUUGGAAGACAAAUUAGGCAAAACUCCAGAGGAAAAUAAUGAAGAAGAAAAUCUUGAGGAAAUUGAAAUGGAACAGAAAUUAGAUGUUAUAACCGAAGAAGAGGCGGUGCAAGAAAUUGAAACUAAUGAAAAUUGUGAAACUCAAAUCCAGGAGGAAGAAAAUGAAGAGCAGUCUAACACAAACAUGAUGGAUAACGAAUCAAAUGAAAAUACUGAAGCUGAAACACCAACAAAAUGUGAAAGUGUAGAUGAGAAUAUUAUUCUGGAAGAAAUCUGUGAGGAAAUACUUAUAAUGGAUAUGGAAAGUGAUAAACUGGAAGAUCCAGUGGUAACGAAGUUUGAUAGUCCCGGUGCCGUGCAACGUAAAAUGUUAAAACAAAUCACAUUUGAUUAUACCGAAGAUGACGACGAGCCAGACAACAAAAGUCUAACCAAUCUUUUAAUAUCCGACAAUGAGAACGAUCCGAAUGACGAUGAAGCUGAAAAUCAGGAAUAUAAUUGCAAUGAAUCUAUAAAUGAAGACACUGAUACCGAGGAUAAAAUACCCUCAACAAACACCGAAUACUAUGAAGAGGAUGAGGAGGACGAUAAACUGUCAAUUAUAGUAGCCUCCUAUCUACCCGAUGAUAUGGCCUGCGAUAAAACCUCCUUAACUUCAUCAUCACUUAAAUGCUCACCACGCUCUACUAAAUCUCGUAAACUACCUUUCAACAAACGUUUUUCUUUUCGACGUAAAACUAAAUCCUCUAACGCCAUUGGCUCCUGCUCGCAUCAUCACUCGUCCAACAAUCGCCGCUUUAUGCCUCCGCCCGAGGUAACCGAUCUGAAACUACACUACAAGACAUGUUGCGAAUUUAAGAAUGCCCAACAAAAAUUACCCAACUACACGGGCUACCUUUCGGAAUAUGGUCUAUCAAGGGAGCAAUUAAUGGAACGAGAACGUAAAUUACAACAAAAUCAACGUGGCAAAGUGAUCGAUACCGUAAAGACAUCGGAAGCGGAUAUGCGCAAAAUGCAUGAUAAUGAGAGAGCUUUUACAACAUGGUUGAAAAACAAAAUGCGUUUUCCCAUCAAUAAAACACGAAAUAUGUUCGAUGUUAAGCGACCCUUUGGUCUAAGGAAAUGUACGAGUGUGGGAGGGAAUGCUUUAAGCGAUGACACCAAACAGAUUUUAAAUACCACUAAAUAUCGUAGUAUUAGUGCUAAACUUAAAAAGGCGUAA